AUGCGGCGCCUGCCGGAUUCGCUCAGCAAUCUCUCCUCGCUCACCUCUCUCCACGUCGACGGCUCGUGGCACGUUGGUCAGUUCCCGCCUCGCGUCGCCGCGCUGCAGCAGAUGCGGCGACUGGAGCUGCAAAACUUCGAUGGCGUCGCAUGCUUGGACCUCCACUCCCUCCCACCCAACCUGCCCUUCGCAACAGCAUUGCGCCAUCUCACUCUCACCUAUCUCAACUUCGAAGUGUCUCUCGACCCGCUAAGCCAUCUGGUGUCUUUGGAGCGGCUCGAGGUGUCAAGCGUCGACCACGAGGAGCGCUUUCCCGCCGCGCUCUUCGCACUGCCGUCGCUAGCGCACGUGAAAGCGGGGUACGUGUCGUGGGUGGAAGCAAACCACGAGGUGACCACGUGGGAGGAUGUGAGGGAGCUAGCUGCGCUCCUGGGACAUGUGGCGCUGAAUCAUGAUCAUCCCUCUGCUACCGCCCCCGCAGCAGCCACAGCCGCAGCCGCAGCCGCAGCAGGUGCAGCAAGCGAUACCGCCAACCAAUCAGCUUUCGGCCCAUCUCUGAAGCAUCUUAUCAUGUGCAUGGGCACUCCCGGGAACGGCAGGCUUGGCGGCACACUCUCCACGCGUCUGUGCUUGCUGCUCUCCGUCACACACCUCUCCAUCGUCUGCCUCACCUCCUCUUCCCACCUGCCCUCUUCCCUUGGUCAUCUCACCAACCUUCGCUGGCUCUCCCUGCGUGGCACAUGGCUCUGCCUGCCGCUCUCCCUCUCUCGCCUCGCCCCGUGCCUGCACUCGCUGAAACUGCACUACAGUGGCAGCACGACAUCAGAAUACUUACAGCGCGUGCUGCCUUCCUUUCUCUCGAAUCUCACCUCCCUCACAAACCUCCACCUCCGCAACAUGCACGUUCCGUUCCCUCGCCCUCCUUUGCGCGUCUGCACGCCCUCCACACGCUUCACCUAG